UACCUUAGAAGCAAGGACUUCGUCCGCUUCGGCCCAGACUGGAUCUUGGCUGUGGGCUUGAUCGUGUACUUCUUCUUCAUUGCCGAACAUGCCAACCCGUUCAACCGUCAGUUUACCAUCAACGACUUGUCGAUCUCCCAUCCGUUCGCCGAGCACGAACGGGUCACAGGAAUCAACUGUCUCUUGAUAGGCUCGGUGAUACCAUCCACUGUCAUCACUGUGGUCACCAUCUUCAAACGCGGCCGUCACUCCACGCCUCAGCAGUGGCUUCACUUCCUCCAGAUCUCGCUCUUGGCGUUGGUGCUCUCGUUCGUGUUGUCGGGCCUCAUCACGGAUAUCCUCAAAAAUUGGAUCAGCAGACCCCGUCCUGACUUCUUGGCCAGGUGUGGUCCCAAGAAGGGUACUCCUGCCGACACUUUGGUGGAUGUGGGCGUAUGCACUGCCCCAUUGGGAUGGGCAGUUUUGACAGAUGGGAUGCGGUCCACUCCCUCGGGCCAUUCUUCCAUCAGUUUCGGCAGUCUUCUCUACUUGACGCUCUGGCUCUUGGGCCAGUUUCAGCUCGUAUCACCUGCCACGCCCCAGCCUGUCUACAAGAGCUUGUUGUGUGGGCUUCCCGUGCUUUUAGCUACCUACGUGGGGUUGAGCCGCACCCAAGACUACAGACACCAUUUCAUGGACGUGUUUUUGGGGACCACCUUGGGUUGCACGGUGGCCGUGACGUUGUACAGACGGUACUUCGUGUCGUUGUGGAGCGAGGACUCCAGCAAGGCCAACGACGUCGAGGAGGACUUGUUGCCC